AUGAUGUCCAAAACGGACCUAGAAUCCAAAAUCCGCCAAGCGGCCGUCAAAAACCGCGAACUCCUCUCCAUCCUCUCCGACACGAACAACGCCGUCCCGGACCUGACCCAGCAGCGCCGCCUGAUCGCCGACCUCGAGCACCAGCUCGCCGCCUCGGACAAGCACGUCCACGAGCUCGAGUCCCGCCGCAAGAAGGAGCUCAAGGACCACGAGAAGUACAGGAACAGCGUCAUGCGCCGCUUCGUGCACAAGGCCGUCGGCAAGCGCGAAAAGUUCGCCGACAAGGCCGCCCGCGAGGAGCGCGAGUACUUCGACGUCCUCCAGGAGGAGCACCGCGAGAAGGAGAUCAACCAGAACCUGAAGCAGCAGCUGUCCGACGCCCGGGACGCCAGGGGCCCGCUCGAGAAGGAGGCCGAGAGGCACGAGCUGGCGCAGAAGGAGCUGGACAGCCUGUACGAGGCCAUCUUCGCGGGCCCGACCAAGGGGUAUCCCGAGGAGGACUCGAGGGAGCAGGAGGCGGCGAGGGCGAUGCACGAGUACCACGACGUCCGGUCCAAGGCCGAGGCGGAGUCGCACGCCGUCCGGCUCCUGACGGACGCGAUGAAGCGCAUGGGCGACGCGCUGAGGAGCAUCGACGACGCGCUGAGCCACUCGCGGAUGGACAUGUUCGGCGGCGGGACCAUGUCGGACAUGAUGGAGCGGAGCGCGCUGCAGCGGGCCGAGUCGGCGGCUCAGGAGGCGCGGAUGCUGGUCAUGCAGGCGCAGCGGAUGACGCCGUACAUCGGGGACCUGCCGUCGGUGAGCAUCAACCACGGGAACCUCAUGGGCGAUGUGUUGUUCGACAACAUCUUCAGCGACAUGGCGUUCCACGAUGAGAUCAAGAAGUCGAGGACGUCGGUGGAGAGGUGCACGCAGGCGCUGAGUCGGUUGCUGCACGAGACGAGGGAUCGUCAUGCGAGUCUGAUGAGGGCGGGUAAGGAGAAGGAGAGGAGGCUUGACGAGACGAGAGAGGCGCUGCAGAAGGAGAGGGAGAGGUUGUUUGAGCUCAUUGCUGGUAAUGCAGCGGAGGGGAGCAGUUCGAAGAUGGAUAUGGCUGCGGCUUCUGGGUCAAUGUCCAAGCCGUGGGGCAAUUAA